AUGGUAUCGACGGUUUCAGAAGACAUAAGAUCUGAGAUUGAGGAUCUUUCGACGCGAUUGAAAGACGUCAAACUGGAUGAAGAUCGACAAACCAAACUGUUGACUUCUUUUCAUGAGAGUCAUAGAGAUAUUUUGUUGAAUCUCUCUCAGAAAUUGGAUCAAAUCGUAUCUGAACCGCAGCUGAAAUAUGACGGAAAACUCGAAAGGGCACAGCAAAUAAUCUUAGACAGCUUCACAUUUCCUGGAAUUCGGUCCAGAUAUGAUCAAGUUCAGGAUGCUGAGUACGAAACUUUCGACUGGAUCCUAAACCCCCCUUCGGACCGAGAUCUUCCAUAUGACAAUUUUGUUCAGUGGCUGAAUGAUCAAAGACCAAAGAGCUAUACUUAUUGGGUUCGGGGUAAGCCAGGGUCAGGAAAGUCAACAUUGAUGCGUUACUUGAGCGAGAAUAUCAGCCCAUAUCAUUUACACCAAUGGUCAAAAGGUCAGCAAGUCCUUCGAGCAGAAUUCUUUCUGUGGAAUCCUGGACAAGGCGAAGAAAAGUCCUUUCGAGGAUUACUCUACUCCCUACUGUACCAGUUGCUUGAAAACAGUCGACAUCUCAUUCAAUGGGUAGUCCCGCAAGAAAAAUGGAAAGCCGCACAAACCUCAGGAUCUCUAUCAAUACCCUGGACCUCGAGAGAGCUCAUCGGGACUUUCCAUGAAUUUCUAUUAGUAUGUCUUUCAAACUCCAAACUGCUGCUAUUCAUUGAUGGGCUCGAUGAACUCGACGGGAAUGAGGACAAGUCAAAAGAAAUGCUUGAUUUUCUUUCUUCCAUCACGACAAGUGGGAAAGUCAAAAUUUGCUUAUCAAGUCGACCUUGGAAUGUAUUUCAGGAAGCAUUUGAAGACGUUCCGCAAUUAAAGCUUCAAGAUCUAACCCACCAGGAUAUCAAGAAAUAUGUAUUUGGCAGAAUGCGUUCUAACGCACACUUUCAACGCAUCUGCAAGUAUGGCACCACUAAUGCAGAAAAGCUUCUUCUUGGUAUUGCAGAUAAAGCUGAGGGUGUUUUCUUGUGGGUGAAGUUAGUUGUUACAGAGAUCUUGCGAGGAGCCAGAGAUGGCGAGAGCAUCCGUACUUUACAAAAGAAGCUCGACGGAAUUCCGAUUGACUUGGACUUAUACUUCCGUCGCAUUAUCGAGUCGAUUGAUCCCGUGUACCGCGAAGAGGCAUCGGUCUUGCUUCAGAUCGUACUCCACAAAGAGGGACUAAAUGGCUCAGUAUGGACUGCUCUGGAUCUAUCAUUCGCCGAGGAAGGAGACUCCAGGUUUGGGUUGCAACCUCACUAUGACUUCUACGCCUUAGAUCUUGCAGACACUGAGGCUCUGGAAUUCAAGUUCGACCAAAUGAGGAGACGAAUCAACAGCCGGUGUCUAGGUCUUCUCGAGUGCCACAAUAAUCGGGAUGAGCUCAUGACCAGCCUUUAUGGACCACAAGUUCAAUUCUUGCACCGAUCAUUCUACGACUUCCUUAAAACAACAACCUCGCAGAAUCUCCUUCAUCAGUAUACUGAUGGGAAAUUCGACACUGCUUCAUAUCACAGAUGUGUGCUGCUAGCGGAAGCUUUUGCCUUCAUAAACCUUGGUAUGGAUGAUCAGACAGACAGCCUGAUGGAAAGUCGUUCCAAAAUUCCGCUUCAAUUGCUGCCGUUGGACGCAUUGUGUGAGAUUAUCGGCAAUGAGGUCCACGAAGAGUCAGAAAUGAACCGAUUUGUCGCUGCCAUCGAAGCCCUAAUACCAAUAAUACAGACACGUCGCAAGAAAUUAUCCGUAAAAACCAAACUCCCACUUCAUCUCCUGGUGGAAAACAUUCUCGAAUGGGACAUGGACCGACCUCCGAUUCUAAUGUUAGCGAUACAAUAUCAUUGGAAAGCAUACUUGAGUGGUCGGUUAACUGCAGAUAUUGUCCAGAGACGGGGGGGAAGACCAGUGCUUGAUUAUGCUCUAUCCUCAAUGGGCCGGGGCCAUAGGUACGAACCCUGGACAGUAAACUCUCUCCUGGAACUUGGUGCCGACCUAAAUGAAGAGUAUUUGGGGACAUCAGUAUUUUUCCGAGCAGUGCAAUCUCUCCACAAAAGCUUGAGCCCGUCAGACACCAGGAUCUUGGAUUAUAUGGACCGUUUCAUCUCCAAAGGUGCGUCUGAACUUGUGUCGGCAAGCUGGACUUUUCAAGAUGACACUGGAGAUGUUGGGGUCGGCCCAUUUAUGUACAAUGCCGACUACCGCCGACCAUCUACCUUCAUAAAUGGACAAGCAAAUUACCAGCUACUCGAAGUCUUGCAAGCAAGACACAUUUUUGACCUCGCCACAGCAAGACAAAUUGAGGUGAUGUUGAGAAAAAGGCAUUCGAUGAUGGAACGUGCUGAGUCUGAUUCACGGGUUGAAGGGAUUAAGAGAGAGCGGGGGAUUGCUGGAGAAAAGGACACCGAUGACGACGUUCCUCGCAAAAUCAAAAGGGGUAAGUCAUCUCGAGGGCGGAGAAGAAAGGCCAAAUGA